AUGCCGGAAGCUGUGCAAACUCAAGACCAACCAAUGGAGGAAGAGGUGGAGACCUUUGCCUUCCAGGCUGAGAUUGCUCAGUUGAUGUCCCUGAUCAUCAACACUUUCUACUCCAAUAAAGAAAUCUUCCUGAGGGAGCUGAUUUCCAAUUCAUCAGAUGCUCUGGACAAGAUAAGAUACGAGAGCUUGACCGACCCAAGCAAGCUGGAUUCUGGAAAAGACCUGAAAAUUAACCUGAUUCCAAACAAGCACGAUCGCACUCUGACCAUUGUGGAUACAGGCAUAGGGAUGACCAAAGCUGACCUGGUCAACAACCUUGGUACUAUUGCCAAGUCUGGUACCAAGGCUUUCAUGGAAGCUCUGCAGGCAGGGGCUGAUAUAUCCAUGAUUGGUCAGUUCGGUGUUGGCUUCUACUCUGCCUACCUGGUUGCAGAAAAAGUGACAGUGAUCACCAAGCACAAUGAUGAUGAGCAGUAUGCUU